UUCACGGUGUGUUCAGGGGCCAGGCAGCUAUUGGAUCAAGGAGAGAUGACUACCAUUUACCAAAAUGAAAUCACACUGAAACCAUGCAGGAACUCAUAGUGCACCUUUUAAAGCGAGUCUAUGUAACUUUUGAAGUAAGAACUAACAUUCACCUUUGUUCGGUUCAGUACACUCAGGGUUUGCUGCUCCAGCCUCACUUGGUCUGGUAUGACCAGGCGUUUAUGUUGGCUAAUGAUAGCAAACUUUACAAAUAUAUUCAUAUACAGUAUAAACGACAUUAUUGAGUGAGUUUUUUGACUUCUUGACUUUUCUCCACUUGUGCUACUUUUACACUACAUUUCAGCCUUUGUCAUUAUUCUGUAAUUGUCGCUUGUGGCCACACUGGCUGCUAUUUAACUAAAGUUAGAGUUACAGUUAGAGUCCCUUAAGUCUGCAUUCAUUUCUGUCAAAGUUACAUUGUUGGUAUGAGGUAAUACUGUGCAGACUUUUCCAAACUUUUUAAACUGCAUUACCUCACAACGAUAAUGUGACUAUGACAAAAAUGAGUACAGACUUGAUGUUCACUGUGAUGGAUUACACAACUUAUGCAAUUGUCAAAAGUGAAUUGAUUUUCAUAUGGCAUAAAAAUGAAUGGAAGACAAUGGCCUCUAGAAGGAGAAAAGCUACAACUAAAUAUCUAAUACUAUACUGCAUUUGAAAGAAAAAUCGACAAAAAUGUGUAGUAUACAUGAUUUGUAGUUAAGGAACUAAAACUUGCAAAAGUACUGGCCCUGGCACUGUUUUUUCAUUGGCAUCGAGAACUACUGAGUCACAGUCAUUUUGCUGACCCAUCACAGGCACAUAAACAUAUUUUUCCAGCUCCGAUGAACACAGCAGGUUGUGGCCUCCAUUCACGCCUCCCACAGUCCCGUAGGGUCAGCUCCCGGCGAUCACAGCCCAUUGUGUCUCUGCGUGGGUGUCAGGAAGUAUGGCAUUGAGCUCCGCUUCCUUCCUGUCCAGCCCUGGAUCGCCGCCACCACACGGGGGUGAUUGACACACAGCCUUCUGAGCCGUGUUGGGCCCUGCUGCAGGAUGCCUGCAGGAUCACUCUUGGACUCAGUGCUGACUUCUGGGUCAUUGUGACAAACCGCAUCAGAGAAUCGUUAAUGGUGACCGAGUUGUGUGGAGCGAAGCGUCUGGGCUACUUUGGUACGCCUCAGUUCUUUGUGGCGCUGAAGCUGCUGGCGGCUGCCCAGUCUGGUCUGCCCGUCCACCUGGAGAGUGUAACGGCCAAUCUACCUCUGCCCAGAUUUGUAGGGCUGAAGAAUGAACCAGAGAUGCGAUACUCAGCCGUCCCUCCGAGCAUAGACGGUCAGGGGGCUCAGUGUGUGAGCGCGCCUGGCUCCGUGUGCCGGACUCCAGCAGACAGGAGCACCUUCAGACACCUGGAGGCCAAAGUGGAGAAGAAGGAACCUUGGUCCCCGCCGCGAUCCCCGAGCAGUUCACCGCCUCGCUCCCCACUCAUCUACCGCGGCUACCCGUACACCAAGAAGAGAAAUGGGGCCGACUCACAGAUCGCCUACGAAAGCAAACAUUCCUCACGGCCGAUCGUUCUGCUAGAGCAGCACUCCUCGCCCAGUAACCACGGGACCAGAGCCAAUGCAGACCAUCUUGCUAUGGCUCGGGCUUCCUCAUCAGAGAGGCUGGACCAGCAGGGUGCAGUGGACUAUUCUGACGAUGACCCCUGGAGGAUCACAGAGGAACAGCUCGAGUAUUACACUAACCAGUUCAAAACCCUGCAGCCUGACCUUGGGGCUCUCAUCCUGGGAACCAUUGCAAAGAACUUCUUCACAAAAUCCAAGCUCCCAAUACCAGAACUUUCCCACAUUUGGGAGUUGAGCGAUGUGGACAGAGAUGGAGCUCUCACGUUCCCUGAGUUCUGCACAGCCUUUCACUUGAUUGUGGCACGCAAGAACGGUUACCCUCUCCCAGAGAGCCUUCCCCCAACCCUGCGGCCAGGGGUCAUGCAACAGGAAGAGGACAUACCGGAUACUCCCGAAAGUGCAGAGCCUCUUAUUGUCUUUGAGGAUGCCGAACCAAGGCCUAGUCAGAUGGAUCGGAGCAUUAUAGAGAGGCUCCAGCCAAGCCUGGCCACAACAAAACAAGAUUUGAAAGAGGAAUCAUGUAAACAAGAUGUAGGUGUGAAGAGGAUGACAACAUCUCAAGAGAAACGGACUCUGCAAUUUGGUGGUUUUCCUGAUAGGCCAGAGGCGCCUCAGGACCUGGACCCACACAUGAGGACAAAAACCAGACCGAGGUCCCACUCCAGCACUUCUUUUGAAGAUACGAUGAAGAAAGCAGAAGAGCCCCCCACCCCUCCACCUCGCCCCCAGAAAACCCACUCCCGAGCCUCCUCGCUGGACCUCAACAAGCUCUUCCAGCAGGGUGCUCCAGGAAUAAAAAGUGGAUGGUUUCCGCCUCCUCCAGCCCUCCCUCCUAGACCAUUGACUUCACAGGUUUCUCAUUUUGUCAACGUUUCAGAGAAAACUGUGCAGCAGCCAAACUUUGCUGACUUCAGUCGCUUUAGAGAAGAGGAGGAGAGCAGUGUGAAGCCUGAGGAACAGGGUCCAUGCUCCAGAUUUGGUCCAAGUACCGAAGACUUGGCAAAUGCAUCUAAACAGGACGGGAUUGGAGUUUGUCACAGUCAGCCACCGCAGAAGCCGCUCCGCAGGAAAUACCACCCAGAGAGCCAGAACCUGGAGACGGGACCUCCACCUGCCAUGCCGUUCCCUACCCCCACCAAAUCUGCUCAGAAGCUGCUGUCCAAACAGAAGAGGGAGAUCCAGAUGGCGAUUCGUAAAAACAAGGAAACCAACGCGGUGUUGACACGCCUCAAUAGCGAGCUCCAACAGCAACUCAAGGUGGUUCACCAGGAGAGGGUCACCCUGGAGUCCCAGCUGGAGCUCCUGCGGCCCCUGGCCCCGACGUGACCGAUCCUGGAGUCUGAUUAAAGUCACGUCACAUUACGUGUGUGUGUGCGUGCGUGCGUGCGUGCGUGCGUGCGUGCGUGCGUGCAUGCGUGCGUGCGUGUGUGUGUGUGUGUGUCACAGAAAUACAUCAGCGUCUCUAUAAAAUAUGAAUGUUUGAGCUGACAUGAAUACAAAAUACAGUUGAAGGGUUGACGAUGGGGACAAACAGGGAUCGGACUUUUGGAUUUCUUUUGAUGAACAGCUCCAGUCCCACAUGCAAAUGUUACUCUUAACUUUUAAUGACGUCUUCAAGGAUUAAACCAUGUUUUUUUUGUUUUGUUUUUAUUAUCACUGUAUGAUAUGCACAUGAUAUUCUAACUUAUUGUUUUUCUCUUUUGAUUGACUGUCAGGUCUCUCCCAUGAAUCUUACUUUGCUUACACUACACGUAACAGUUUGUGCACACAUUGCCAUGCCUCGGAUACAUGUUUCAUGUAUGUUACAUGCUCUGUGUUAAUGACGGGAACUAAAGUGCUCUCUGUUUUUCUCAGUCUAUGUAUACAGUGCAUUUCAUGUGUAUCCCCAUGUGGUCUAGAGCAAGUAAUGGUGCUACAGAUUAGUUUCUGAAUCCGAUUACUUUUUGCACUUAAAGUUUAAACAACAAAAAAUGCACAUUUGCAAGGUUGUACCUUAUGUUAGAUAUGGGUUUUUUAGCUACAGAUUUCCAGCCUUCUCUCAAGAUUUGAUUGUCUGUUGUCACACUGUAGCACUGGCACAUGGGGCCAUAAGGACACUGAAGAAUGUUGACACUGGAUUUGUAUGAAAUAUGGGUUGAAUGUGGAUAAUCUACUUGACAAUUUGCUCCAUCUUUAAUGUAAGCGCUGUCUGACUGUUAAUUUUUCUUUAACCGCCUUAUGUUUAUUAUCAUUUGAAGAGUUAUUUCUGCAUUGCAAGUUUGGACAUUUUUUAUUUCCAAGACCAUAAAAACAAAAACUGGUGUUAUCAGUCCAGAAAAAAAAGAGCACAAUAUUCUGUUUAGCCAGAUAGAUUUCAAAACAGCUAAUGUUAAAAUGUGGUUUUGAUUUUAUCUAUGCAAAGAUGUGGUGCUGCGUACACUUGCUUUAGACCAUUUACCAUCAAGGAGAAUAAGGAUAUUUGGGGAAAAAAAUGAUGUGGUUGAAAUACACAAUGGCAUGCUUGAUAAUGUAUGUUAUGCUAAAAAUGAUGUGAGCAUUGGACUGUGAACUGACCUUAAAUCAUGCACAACUACUGAGCUCUGUGCUGAAGACAAUGAUCCAAUUAAUCAAUAAAGUUAUCUAUUUUUA